AUGCCACGCAAGAGGAAAGCCCCGAAGAGGGAGCCUUCUGAGGGCGACUCAAGAUCGAACAUCUCGUCCAACACUCACAACGACACUGCUAAUGUAGCUUCGACUUGCAUGCCGGCUCCCUCCGCAUUCCCUUCGACUCAUCGCCAGCCGACUGCUGAGCCUUGCUUGGUAGCGUCGCUUGCUCGUCAAGAUACCACAGAUGUGCAGCCGUCCAAAUGGGCAAGGGUGCUGUCUGACAAUGAGGAGGAUCGUUUGGGCAAGCUCGUCGGUCUCGAACGUUGGGUGGAAAGCGUUGGUCAUGGCAGAGGCGCCGCUGUCAGCAUCUGCGGUCAAGUCACCCGUCUGACUCCAUCCACAAGCUCGCCAUCACUGACCGCCUUCCUCGCCGAGCUCAGCUGCUUUCAGCCCAACAAUCCAGGCCAGCGCUCUGAACUCCAUAUCAGCUUCCAAGGGCAGCUUGCCCAGAAGGUUGCAGAACCCCUCCUCCUUCUGCACAGGCUCGGCCCGCCAGCUGUCAUCUACAUCUCUGGCUUUGCCGCUCAACUCUCUCACCUACAGCAAGGUAUGGCCUACGUCAUCUUCAAGCACGACCAGCUCGUCCUCAAGAUGUCGCCCCAACCGCCUUCGCAUGACCUCUCCGCACCAACUUCGGCAAUCUGGAUCGAGCAGCUGGCAACGCAUCCCAUAUUGGCUUCAGCGACCACCGCACCGCCAAGCUUGCGCCAUCAGCAGCCUUCUACCCAUGUACAGCCUCAACCCGCUGCAGGUGCAGCAGCCAACCCGGUCCAGCCUUCUCCGCCCAGCCAGCUGAGUGACUGGUUCUCAACACCUGACCCUUCCGGCAACGCACCUGUUCGACCAAACGCAGUCCCUGUGACCACAGUUGCCGCUGGAAACAUACUCACCAUGGCUGCCUUGCCACCAGCUCCACCCCAACCCGCUCAUCCCCAGGCGAUGCAGCCUCCGGCGGCUGCGCCCAGCGUCGUCAAGAGUGAAGCACAAGCAGGCACCUCUUCCUCUUCUACAUCUUGCUCACGUCCAGGCAGAGCAGCUUCGCGACAAGCUUCUGCAGCACCGCAACCACCAUGUCGCAAUGCACCUAAUGUCAAGCCUAAACGCAUGGGCAACUGCAUCUAUACGCCAAUGUCCAUGGUUCGCGAUGGCGAGCGUGCCAGCUUCGUCGGUGUUGUGGUCGCCGCCGGAGAUCCUCGCAGAUCCACCAGCGGCACACGCGACCUGGGCAUCAAGAUCACUAUCGCCGACGCUUCUUGCCUUUCUGGCACUGGCUACGCGAAACAGCUGGCUCGAUCGAUAACUGUCAUGCUCUUCGCACAACAAGCCGAGCGCAUCCCACAGAACAUUGCUCAAGGGCACAUCUUUGCUGUUCGCAGUGUACAAGUUCAGAUGUUCUCUGGAAAGCCUCAGGCCGUCGGCAAAUCGGCUGCCAACUGGAGUUGGGCUACCUACGAUCCUGUCUCAGGAGACCUUUGUGCUUCUUCCAACUUCCCGCUCGCUUCACAUACUCCACCUGAGUGCAGUGCCGAAGAGAUGGAGCAUUUUCGCGACAUGGCUAAUUCCUUCUCCGAGCUGCAAGGUGUAGAUGCCAAUGUCGUCACUCGGUCUUCUCGCCCUACUCUCAAGCUCAAGGAUGUCAGUGAGAAUACCUUUUUCGAUACCGUCGUUGAAGUGCUCAAGGUCUACACUCACACAUUGGCACCGGAUCUCUACGUCACAGACUACACCAAUCACUCGCUUUUCUAUCGCGGUAACGACAAGUAUCUUCGUCUCGAGAGUGAGGUUCCUUAUCCUGACGAUACGGAUGGAUGGGGACACGUCUUCCAAAUCAGUCUUUGGGACAGUCACGCGACCAUCGCAGAAGGUUUGCAAACGGGUGACAUUAUCCGCAUUCAGAACGUUCGACCCAAGCUCAACCCGCGUGGCCUCCUUACUGGUGGCCUGGGAAGUAGCACAGAUAGCGGCAUCAAGAUUCGAACGCUCAAACUGACCGACGAGGCACGUGUCGAGCUCGAGCAGCGACGUGCGCGAUUCAUGGAGACGCUCUUUGUUGCUGAGGAGGAAGCUGUUGCGGAUCAGGUGGAGCGUAAGAUGCAAUCCGCUAGUCAGCAACAACGGCAAGCUGAGCAGAUACAGCCGCCAGCGCCCGUGAUAGCACAACAAGCGGAAGCGUCGGCAGCUCGUCCCGUUCCAGCCCAGUCAGCAAACGCGGUCUCUGAUAAUGCAGCUGCAUCCGACACGGCAAUUCAAGUAGGUCUAUCUGCAGCACAAGCUGCAACGUUUGCAAGAACGCAGGAGAGCCCGGCACGCCGUGUUGAAGGAGCAACAGAAGCAAGUCCUACAGCGUCGACCCAACCGCCUUUCCCCACUCCGGCUCAACGACAGAUUCGCGCCAUGCAGCAGAUCACACCAUCUCGCACCACUGCACUUGGUAACAGUAGCAACACCAAGCGCGAUCGCGACGAUCUCUCCCUCGUCGAAACGCCGGAUCUGAAGGCAGGCAUGCUGAUGGGACCUCCUGGUGCUGUCAUGGAAGAGCGUCGUCCGCUGAUCCGCUGCAACGCUCCCGCCUCCAUUCCAUUAACAGCCCUGGCCGAGCUGCAGACAAGCUCACUUUGUCCAGGCAUGUACAAAGUCAAAGGACGCGUCAUCUCAACCAACCCAGCCAAAGUGGAGCAGUGGGCACGACUCGAGUGCAAAGCAUGCAAGCGUCUGCUCCCACUCGAUCAACGUUUCUGCACCAAGUGCGAGGAUGAAGAUGGCGAGUGCCUGUCGUACUGUUUGCGAUUCGCUAUCAUGCUGGAGGAAGUAGAUGCAGAGUUUGUCGCCAGGAAGCAGCAGCAGCGGAAUCAGAUCCAGACUGGAGAGAGUAGUGGAGAGAGUAGUGGAGAGAGUAUUGGAGAGAGUAGUGGAGAGAGUAGUGGAGAGGGAGGAGUGAAGAAGGUAGCGAUUCCGCUGCUGUUCCAUGGACGGAGCUCGGAUGUGUUGUUGCCAUGUGUUGAUGCCAAGGCAUUGUUCAAUGGAGAGAGAUCGUGUAUCAAAACGCUCAAGAGGUUUCAUGCGAGACUGUUGCAUCCGCAGGAGUAUGGCAAGCAUCCGGAACAGGUUCUUGCGGUCUACUCUUUCCCCUCCAAGGAGGCUGGAAGGACGGUGCGCAGGUUUGCUGCGCUGAAGGAGCUUAAUUGUCUGCACAACCCUCUCGAUCUUUUGUAA